UCUCGCCCCUCUUUCUCCCCAGCUAUACCCACAACGCACAAUGCUCAACCUCCUCAAACGUAUCCCGCCUCCCUUUGCCCGGCCGUCACCUGCGGCGCAGAGGUGCUGCUCCUCCUGCCCCCCACCCUCGCGCGCACUCGCCCCCUCCUUCCGACCGGCCGCACCGUCAUUAGUCGCUUCGCUCUCACCACUCCGGAGCAGUGCGCUGUCGCCGCUCUCGCAACAACAAGGGCUCGGGCAAGUGAGGGGCAUGAAAGUCAGGAGCAGUGUCAAAAAGUUUUGUGAUGGGUGUUUGGUUGUGAGGAGGAAGGGGAGAAUAUAUGUCAUUUGCUCGAAAAACCCAAAGCACAAGCAGAGACAAGGAUAGACAUUCUGGUAUUAUGGGACUUGUACAAUUAUGCACUCAUCAACACAUUGUCAA